ACUGCUCUUAAAAACUUCAAACAAGCGAAAACAAUUCCUCAUGAAGUGUUUAUCGUUAAUUAUUGUUGAUAAAUAAUGAUAGCCGCUUACGAUAAGAUUGGCAGAUCAUUAUUCGCAAAUUACUUAUUUCUGUUAAAUCAAAAUUCGACUAGUCUGCGGUUCAAAUUCCGAUUGAACAGUCUCGAUUUAUUCGCCUAUCGACGGAGCACGCGGAGAUUAGGUUAAUGAAGCGCAAUAAAUACCACUAAAAAAUAAAGUGUCGCUUCUACUAGAAUCACAAUCUGUGUCUGUGUGUGUGCAAUCCGAUCCAGGGGUUUGCCAGCGAAUAAUAUUAAGUUCGAUAUGAAAAGUGCAGAUAAAAUGGCGACGAACGAAAAUCCGUUCAAAAGACUGAAACGUUACAUAACCGUGGAACCUGUCCUGUUUGCCAUCGCUAUCCCGUAUUGCCUUCUGGCAAUUUGUUUGCAGAAUUUGACCCUGGAAAAGGCUUGUCGAGUGAAUCUCGGAUUUCCCGAUUUGGUUUGUGAUCACAUGAUGGACAAAGCCUUGAAUAAUAUUCACUGCGGCGACGUAUCCGACAGACAAGAUGCUCUUAUGGUUGCUCAAUACAAUUCUACCGCAUCUCUUGCUGCCUACGAAAACGACACAGUAAAAUCUAGCACGAAAUUCGAUAACACCAAUCAUGACUUUGAGAUGGAAGUUUGUCGUGCGGAACGAGAAAGCCAAAAGCUUGGCAGCUCAAUCAAUGCGUACAUUGCACCAUUUGAUUCAACCAUAGGCAUUGUUCUCGUUCUUUUUGCGGGAAGUUGGAGCGACAGAAGCGGUAGACGAAAACCGUGUAUUUUAAUACCGCAACUCGGAGAGUUCUUAGGUCAAUUCGCCGCUCUGAUUGCAGCCAUCUUUAUGAAACAGCUUCCAGUCGAAUUUAAUACGAUACUGGGGGCAUUUUUUCCAGCUAUCGGUGGUGGUUGGACCUUAAUGUCGAUUGGUUUGUUUAGCUAUUUGACUGAGGUCACCGAGGAAAAGGAUCGAGUCUUUCGGUUCGGCAUCAUGUACCAAAUUUACCCGAUCAUAUCGAUUUGCACGUUGCCCUUUUCCGGCAUUUUGUAUCAGAAAUUGGGAUACAUAAAAUUAAUUUCCAUUUGCAUGCUAAUCAAUGUCAUUGGUAUUCUGUAUAUUGUCUUCGUGAUGAAAGAAGCAAAACCCCGUGGAAAAGACGAUAAGGAAAUGGUGGUCAUGUUGCCGUCAGAAACGAAGCCACCAGGAAAUGUUGCUGCAGUUGAACCACCAACGGCAAAUUCAAAUGGCAACAUAUGCUCAAACGUUAUAAACGAUUGUGUUAUGGUCAUCGUACGGAAACGAAGCGGCAACGGUAGAAAGAUAGUGUAUCUGAUACUGGUUAUUGUCGGUUUAUCUCAAGCACUUGAUUUCGAGUAUGUGAACGAGUACUAUUUCGUUCGCACGAAAUUGAAUUGGGAAGCUUUGGAAGAGGCGCCGUAUGCUGCAUAUGGCAGUGCGACGUUCUUCAUUGGAACGACAUUUAUGAUAGCUGUAAUGAGCAAAUACUUUAAGAUAUCGGAUACAAUGCUCGCACUCAUUUCCUCAUCAUUUUCGGCGGUAUCGAAGUUUGUCUGUAUAACUGUAACAACUACCUUCAUGCUUUACGUAGCAAAGACGCUGGAUAUGUUUGGUGGAAUAAGAAGUUUGGUUGUCAGAAGCAUUAUAUCAACAGUAGUCGAUAACACUGAGAUUGGUAAAAUUUAUUCCGUAAUGGGAGUGAUCGAGAACCUGAGCAAAUUUAUAUUUGUUCCGGUAUACACAAACAUCUACAAGUACACGGUCGACUCUUUCCCGAACGCAUACUUCAUUUGCAGCUUUGCGGUCAUUAUUAUUGUGACUUUCCUUUGCUUUGUUUUACAUCGUUGGGUGGAACCACCAACGGCAACCGAAGUAGCGUCUGACUCGCAACCGAUCUCAAGCGAUAAACUGGGCGAAAUUGCAGAACCUUGCUAGAUGUUUGAUGGAAUGGAGCAGUGGAGUUACUACGCACGAUGUUGUUCAGAAAGAAUUCGACAUCACAAAAAAA